AUGGUUGCAGAUGAGCUCGAGCUUUCGCCUUCUGAGGUCACCUUUCUUGAAACUUUCAAGGAAGGUGAGAGCUCGCUGAUUUUCAGAGUCGCCGUGCACGGAAUGGACUGUGUUAUGAAAGUGUUCCAUGAAUAUACUAGAGAGGAGUGGGAUAAUCCAGAUGAAGAAAUCAGCAUGUGCAUGCGCGAGGUGACAUCCUACGAACGCCUAAAAGCAAAGGGACUUUGCGCGCGAGGGGUCAUCCCUGACUACUACGGCUACAUGACGUUUACGGACCUGACACUCUGGCCCAAUCUGCACAUGUUCACUGACGACGAGCUGCCCCCAAAAGCGAUUCUGAUCGAGUAUGUCCCCGGCAUGAAACAACUUGAACUCAUCAAUUACACUAAGUCAAGGGUGGAGACUUUGCGGAACGUUCUGUCCGAGAUCAACGCGGCGAAGAUAUUGCACAGUGACAUUGCCCCGAGGAAUAUGAUGGUCUGCUCUGGAGAGACGGAACGAGUGCUUUGGAUUGACUUCGAUCUGUCGAGGGUAUUUCCCGAGGACGAGCCUCUGACAGAAGAGCAGCAAGAGUGGUUUGAGGAUGAGGCUGCCUUGAUGGAUGAGUUUGUGGACUGGCUGUCCCAGGACGCAGUGGAAGGGAAACUUCACAAGGCCUUCCGUUACUACUACGGGACGUACACCUAUUGGAAGCGGAUCAAGAUGGGACUACCAGGCACGCCAGAACCGGUAUUGCCAGGUCCUGUCGAACACGACGAAGACAUUGGAGGCAAACAAAGAAACGAAGACAACGAAGACGACGAAGAUAUCGAAGGUAUCGGAUUUUCGAAAUCGUGGACUAGCCUCUCAGGGACUGACAUGUGGACCAAGUGUCAGUGA